AUGAGCGAAGUCGAAAAGCGCCCGCCUUCGGCUGACGAUGCUGCUCCUGCCCUCGAGAGCCAGCGCUCCGAGCUGAUCAGCUCUGGCGCCAGACCGGACGUUGCAGCCUUGUUUCUCGCAACCCUGAGCCCAGAGAUUCGAGACCAGCCAAUCACUCCAGAGGAGUCUCGCAAGCUGCUUUGGAAAAUCGACCUGAUUCUGAUUCCGUUGCUCUCCAUCUCCGUCAUCAUCGCCGCCGUUGACAAGGUCAUCAUCUCCAAUGCCGCCAUCUACGGAAUGAGGCAGGACACGGGCCUUGUGGGCGACCAGUUCUCCUGGAUCGGCUCGAUCUUCUAUUUCGGAUUCUUGAUCGCGGAAUGGCCUGGCAACGUCUUGAUUCAGAAGCUGCCGAUUCGAACCUUUUACGGGGCUACUGUUCUCUGCUGGGCGGGCCUCACCUUUGCGACUGGCGGCACGAGCAACUUCGCAGGUCUCGCAUCAGUCCGCUUCCUAAUGGGUAUAUUCGAGUCUAUUGUCUUCCCCGUGUGUACUCUCGUUACUGCCAUGUGGUGGACAACAUCGGAGCAGCCUAUCCGAGUGGCCAUCUGGUUCAAUACACUCUCUUCCGUCAUCACGGGUCUGCUCUCGUACGGCAUCGGACAUACACAUACAUCAGUGGCUCCCUGGAGACUGCUGUUCUAUGUUUUGGGCGCCAUAACAACUGUCUGGGCCGUCAUUAUCUACACCUUCCUGCCCAGCUCGCCGGUUGAGGCAUGGUGGCUCAACGAUCGCGAGAUAUUCAUCUGCCUCGAACGAGUCCGCAAGAGCAACACUGGUAUGGAAGACAAGAACAUCAAAUGGUACCAGGUCAAGGAAUGUCUUCUAGACCCCAAGUCCUGGCUCAUCUCUAUCUUCGCGUGCGCUGUCAACAUCCCAAACGGCGCUCUCGUGACGUUUGCGGCUCUCAUUGUCAAUGGACUCGGGUUCGACCCGCUCACCACCACCUUGCUUGGAGUCCCAACCGGUGUCCUCGGCACCAUUGUGUCUCUGAUCUUCAACUUUGCCGCUGGCCGCCUGCCUGGCUACCGAGUCGUCCUGAUUUUGAUCGCCAUCAUCCUUCCUGCUCUUUCCGCCAUCUUGCUUUGGCAACUCCCUCAGGGCAACAAGGUUGCCCUCCUCGGUCCUUACUACCUGUUUUACUCGUACUGGGCGCCCUACACCAUGUGCACCUCCCUGCCCAUGGCGAACACGUCCGGCCACACCAAGAAGGUCACGCUCAAUGCCAUGUUCUUCCUGGGGUACUGCAUUGGAAACAUAUUGGGCCCGCAGGUCUUUAGGGCGAACGACGCGCCAACUUAUCACAAGGGCUAUAUUGGACUCCUGGCAAGUCUGAUCGUCGGUGCCAUCUGCAUCAGCAUCUACGGUAUUCUAUGCAAGCUCGAGAACCACCGGCGGGACAAGCUGCAGGGAGGAGGGCCUCCGCCUCAGACGGACGAGGAGAAGCGACUUGAGGCCUUCUCGGACAAGACGGAUCAGGAGAAGCUCAACUUCCGAUACAGUUAUUAG